AUGCUCACAUUCGCCUCAUCCUCCUCAUCGGACCUUUUCCUCUCGAUGCCCAAUUCCCACUUCGACAUUGUCAAACCCUUCUGCUGCAUCAACGAAAAAAAGAUGAUCUGCUCCGACUACUGUACCACGUCUUCUGAUGACGCCUCGACAUCUUCUGAGUUCGCUGAUGAUUCUGGAUUUUUCGAUGACUCCGAAACCGACGACUACAUCACCAAAACCGCGUAUGAAAUCGGCACAAAACUCGUUGCGAUGUGUGAUGACUUCGAUGCCCAAAUGAUGUCAUACUCCAGAACAGUACCCUCCAGAAGUAUUCUCAGUCGUGUUUUCGACUUCUUCGCCUUCUAG